UUCCCCCAUCCUUCUCUCCUCUCUCUCCUUUCGCACUCCCUCCUUCCCAUCUCCCCUCCCCCAGCCGUGGUUCCUGGGAGUAUUUGGGAGAAUCUCUGGGCUGAGGCUCAGUUCCUGCUCUGCUAUGCUCGCGGUGACUUGUCCGUCCAUCUAGAAAAAGCCGCCCACGGGUCCUCCAGGAAAGCAGCAAAAGCGGCUUUCCCCACCUUCAGAGGAACUCUUAAGGGAGGAAGACUGACUCCGGGCUCUUCUGGGUCCCUCAGGUUAUUUGUCAGAGGCAGUGUGACCACCAGGCAGCCUCCCUUGACCCUUGGAGACUGUUUCCAUUUUAAUUUUAUUUCACAGGGUUCAGGAUUUCCUUUUUUUAUUUCCCAUAAGUCUUCACACUUAAGUUUAUUUUUUAACAAAACAUUUCAAUUCCUAGUUCUUGAUUUCAAAGCCCAUCCGUGAAUGGACCGCUUGUGAAUCCAUCCCUUUCACCCCUAGUUAACUCCCUCAGACUCUACCCUUGCAUAGCUCAGCCUUAACAGAAGGGAGGCAAGGGGAGGGGAGAGUGGAGCAAGGGCAGAGCAGCCAGAUCUGGCAGCAGGAGAGGGGCAGACCAGCAGGACCAUGAGACUCUUCUCCAGGGCGCCCUUCGGUGGAAUGGCCCUGCUCUGGCUCCUUGGACUUUUGCUGUGGGAGCUGGGCAGCAGCAGCUUCCAUGGGAAUUACCUCCACACCUCCAGCUUCCUCCAGAGGAGACUCAGUGGCUGGGAGAAGCGGGAAAUGCAACGGGAGAUCCUGUCCAUCUUGGGGUUGCCAGGCCGCCCCAGGCCCAGGCCCCCCCCAGGAGCCAAGCUGCCAUCGUCAGCCCCACUCUUCAUGUUGGACCUGUACCAUGCCAUGGCCAGUGAAGAGGAAGAUGGGCAAGGCAGUGAUGAUGCAGAUGUGUCCUGGGGCCGUGGGGUCUCCAGGCCUGUGCUGACCAGUCUGAGCACCCAGAGCCCUCCUCUGGAACGGGUCAUCAGCCAUGCUGACAUGGUCAUGAGCUUCGUAAAUAUGGUUGAGCAUGACCGGGAUCUAUUCUACCAGGAGCCCUACUGGAAGGAGUUUAGAUUCGACUUGACCCAGAUUCCUUCAGGGGAAUGUGUCACAGCCGCUGAGUUCCGGAUCUAUAAGAUGAGGAGUUUCACUCAACACCUCAACAAGACCCUCCACAUCAGCAUACAUGAGAUCGUCACAGAGCAAUCAAACAGGGAAUCCGACUUAUUCUUACUAGACCUGCAGACCGUCCAGGCUGGGAAUGAGGGCUGGCUGGUUUUUGAUGUCACAGCUGCCAGCAAUCACUGGCUAUUAAAUCGUAAAAGUCACCUUGGACUUCGUCUUUAUGUGGAAACCGAGGACGGGCGAAGCAUCGAUCCUGGAUUAGCUGGACUGCUGGGUCGGCAGGGGCCACGCUCCAAACAACCUUUUAUGGUCACUUUUUUCAGGGCGAAUCAAAAUCCCAUCCGAGCUCCUCGGGCACUCAAGCAGCUAAAGAAAAGGCAGCCGAAAAAAAGCAACGACCUCCCCCACCCAAACAAACUCCCAGGGAUCUUUGAUGACAUCCAUGCCACCGAGGGCAGACAGGUUUGCAGGAGGCAUGAGCUCUACGUUAGCUUUCAGGACCUGGGUUGGCUGGACUGGGUCAUUGCACCUCAAGGGUACUCUGCCUAUUACUGUGAGGGGGAGUGUGCCUUCCCACUGGACUCCUGCAUGAAUGCCACCAACCACGCCAUCCUGCAGUCCCUGGUGCACCUGAUGAAGCCCGACAGUGUCCCCAAGGCCUGCUGUGCUCCCACCAAGCUGAGCGCCACCUCGGUCCUUUAUUAUGAUACCAGCAACAAUGUCAUUCUGAAGAAACAUCGGAAUAUGGUGGUGAAAUCCUGUGGCUGUCACUGAGACCCCUCCAAGGGACCUGCAGCUCAUGGAGAAGCCCCAUCACUGGUCUUCAGGCCGGCUGCCCAGAGCACCCACAUCAGGGAACCUUCUGCCCAUCAAUAAAUAGCACAAACCUCCCUGCUUCCGGAUAGAUGGAUGGCUUUCUGAAGGGGCCGGAAACACUCCAGAGGAUUCUGUUGACUGCAGGCCAUUAGCUGUGAAAGCCCAAUAGCAUGGGAUGGGGGGUGGGGAGCUGCUGGGAUUCGUGAGCUCUUGGGUGUGUGGUCUGCGCCAUAAGUAUUUAGCCCCUAGACAGUGAGGACGAUUCUUCAUUUGGCAGAUCUCCACUGAUUUAGCAACCUUAGCUGCCACUGGGCACAUGGCAACAGACCACCUCUAGAUGCUCAGAUAGUCACGCCCCUCUGGCUUCUAGGAGGAGAACAGGGGGCUCAUGGCAGGAUUCACUGUCAGAGAAUCAUCUCUCAAAGGAUCAGAGCUCCAGAGCCGAAAGCCCAAACCCCUCAUCUUACUGAUGAUUUGCUAGAUAAGCAAUAACAGACCCAACAUAUGCACCUUAUGUAAUUAGCACCUUUGAUGCAGAUAAUAAUGGCCCCAUUCCUAUAGAGAGCAUUUCACAGCCUGCAAAAGUCCUGUGCUAUAGGGAGUGGAUCAAUGAUAUCCCCAUUUUGCAGAUGAGGAGACUGAGGCUCAGGGAAGGAGUGUGAUUUCCCACAGUAACAUAACAAGGUAAGAGACCAAAUCAGGACUUGAACCAAAGUCUCCCAACUCUCAAUCCUAUGUUCUUCCCACUAUCCCGACGGGGUUUCCCUAGUUAAUGCAGAUUAACUAAUUGAAUUGGUUCAUUGUUUUCUAAAUAUGCACUAACCCUAUUUCUUGAAGGCCAUUUUUUAUUAUGCAACUCACUCCAACCGGACAAACAUUUAUUGAGUACCUACUGUGUGCCAAGUGCAGGGGAGGUACAAAGAGACAAAACACACAGUAGGGAAACAUUCAGGCUCCCUGGAACUCUCUGGGAUUACAUCAAAUGACCAUGUUUUUAGCCUUGGGGAUACUCAGAUCAGACACCAGUAAUUGCUUUCAAGUUCAAGGCUCCUAAUUUCCAUGAUGCUCUCAGGCUGUCUGGCAGGCAAGGACCUCCCCCUGGAAGCUCCGUGGAGGAGUUAGGGCUGUUGGCUCACAAGAGCUCCAUCUCACUACAACCAACCUCCACAGACUGACCAGAUGACUUUGUUGUAAUGGAAUUUUAUUCAAAGGUAUGUGUUUUCAUUUGGAUUAGCACAUUAUCAUAAAAUCCUGGAGUCGGAGGAACCACAGAGCCAGACUCCAAUAUACUGUAUUUUUAGCAGGUAAUCAAUACUUCCAGCGUUGAGGGAGCAGCCUGCUCCCUUGAUGGAUUAUUGGACAAGUCUUGGCAAGAUAGUAAAAUACUAUUUGUAUCACAAAUCUCUGAUCAUUCCUAUUAAUGUUAGAGCUACAUGGAAAUAAAAGAAAGAGGGGAAGGGACAUGUAUAUAUAUGUGUGCGUUGGUCAUUUGCAAGUCAUGGAAGACUGUCCUUUCUGACCAUAGAGAAAUGGACUAAAUGGUCCUCUGAGGAAACAGGAGUUCCCAGCUCCCAGUCUAGGCUGGGAGCAGGAGAAAGAAGGAUUCCCUGUGACUCUGAUUUUAAUCUCAAGAACAAGAUCAUUCAGGAACUUCAGACAAAAGGGGAUGGGGAAGAACACUUCAUGCAGGGAUGACUACAGCCAUGUGGUGCCCUCUGUUGGUGCCUAGGAGAUAGUGCUGCCUCAGAGAUGGACAAACGUGUCCAGAUGCCAGCCAGAAAACCACUAAAUGAUUAGAAUUAUGAGGAUCUUUAGAGCUUGAAAGGACAUUAGGUAUGAUCUAAUCCAAUUUUCUCCCUCUUUUGCAAGUGGGGAAGCUGAGGCCCAGAAAGGUGAGGGAACACACCCAAGAUACGAGAACUCAAACCCAGUCCCACAACUCCCAGCAUUCUCUCUCCCCCCUCACUAUAUCAGGAUUUUAAAGCUGAAUGGUACGUUAGAGACAAUCUACUCCAAUUCUCUCCUUUCACAGAAGUCCAGAGGAGAGAAGACACUUGCCCAAAGCCACCCAGAAUAGGCUAGAAUAGUGGGAGGGCUUGAAUUUGAACCCAGGACUUUGGCCUGCCCACUCAAGUCUCUUUCUACUCGACACAAAGGCUCCAGGCUACACAAUACUCUUCCCUGAGCAUUUCACUCUAGACUCACACAGGAGCACUGAAGUCACCAAGGAGGUGUUACAGAGAGGCUGCCGAGGGUUGACGGAUAUUCUCACUCUGUCUCCAAGUGGAUAAACAACACCCAGGAGUCUACAGAGCUGUCUUUCUAAUGUUGCUUAAUGCCAAAAAAAAAAAAUAGAGAGGAAGGAAAAAAAGGAAAUUUCUAAAGACAAGCCUACUGAAGUGCUUUUGUGUUCUAUAUUCUUUUCUCUGAACUACCAAUUACUCAAUUACCACUGCUUGUCAUCCGCAGCGGCCCGGAGGCAGGUGGCUUGCUCACAGACCCAGCCUGACUCAUGCUUUUGAUUCAAGGCUUAGAACCGAUGGAAAGGCCCAGCCCCAUGUUACGACUGCUUGCUUGUUCCUACUGAACCCAUUUGUGCCAACGUAGGGUAGGAAGAAUUUGAGAUGGUAAAGACUGAGCAUUUCCCUGAGUGUCUGGCUUAUUCUUUCUUAUUUCCCUCUCCCAGCUUCUCGGUAUGUGUGAAUUAGUUUGGGCCAUGGGAAGUCCCUUACUGAAUUUGGUGUGUUACUAAGCUUCAGUCGUCUAUCUACAAAGUUGACAGGGCUUAAUUUGGACCUUGUGUUGAGUGGAAUGAGAAUGAGCCCUAGAGAACCAUUCCGAGUCCUGGCCCCACUCCCUGGUGGCAGGCAGAUUGGCCAAGCCUUGCAUGCAUUAUCCCUAAGAAGAAGCCUCAAUGGAAGAGGCUACCCUACCCUGGGAGCAGGACUUCUCAGCAGGAGAAGGUCACAGGAAAGGCAUGAGAGGCCUUUGCACUUAGCAACCUGGCUUUUUGAGGAACGAUCCAUGUCCAAACGGAUGGUAGCCAGGGCCAAGUACAGCAGGGUGGCCUGGAAAGAGUGCUGAACUCAGAGACUCAGGGGACCUGACCAUCUACUAGUCCUGGGCCUGCCUCUGCCCUUAAGGAGGGCUGCUUUUGGAGUCAAAGGACCUGGGUUCUAGUCCUGACUCCCUUACUACCUGUGUGACCUUGGGCAAGUCAUUUAGCCUCUGGGCCUCAGUUCUUUAUCUAGAAAAGGAGUAGGUUGAACUACAUGGCCUCUAAUGUCUCAUCCAGCCCUAAAUUGAGGAUUUUGGGAUCCCUGAGUCUCAAUGUCUUCCUCUGUGAACGGACUGAAUUGGAUUUUCUCUGAGCUCCCUUCUAACUCUGACCAUUCCAUGCUCUAAAGCUUCUCCCAACUCUGACAUUCUGUGUUCUAAGGUCCCUCCCAGCUCUGAGAUUCUGUUUUCUAAAGCUCUCCCAGCUCUGACAUUCUCUGUUCUAAAGCCUCUCUCAGCUCUGACAUUGUCUCUUGGGGCAGAGUACAGGGCUUUGGAGAGGAGGUGAUAUACAGCAAUCCUUAUGCUUCUUUCUUGCACAACCAAACUCUUCUCUGAAGUAGGGAGACUAGACAAUGUCCACAAUGCAUUUAUCAGCUGUGUAUGCAAGAAGCUAGCUCAGACUCUGAAUGGCUAUAAAUACUAAUAAUCUCAGAAAUGAAAGCAUCCACAUCGUAUCACAUCGGGAAAGUGCUUCUCACCCACAUUUUCAUUUGCUCCCAUAGUGGGAUAACAACAACACAGGAUGUCACACCUGCCUCAGGAAGGAGGGUCAUGAGACUGGCCUCUUUGAUAUUUCUUCAAAGGCCUGAAAGAUGAGGGGGCAGACAAUGCCAUUCAAUUUGCAAAUGAGAUUGUAGACAGAGGAGGUGUGGAGUGACAGGUUGGCCAACCUCUUGAGCUCCAUUCUGGCCCCGAUUGUUUUAGAAACCAUAGGAUCUCUGAGUUAGGGUCCUAGGAGGGCAUAGUCCAACCUCCUCUCCCACCAACCCCCAACAGAAGAAAGCUUACAGACACCCUGGACACCAAGGGUCCUCAACCUAGGGCCUGGGAUCUUUUUUUUUAAUCUGUUCAUUACUGUAUUUCAACACUAUUGGUUUCCUUCUGUAAUCCUUUGUAUCUUAUUUUAUUUGCACUGAAUACAACAUUGGCUUUCUUUUGAAACUCUGCUUCUCCCUUCUAUUACAGGGGUUGCCUUGGGGCAUGUGAUCCUCAGUACAGGGUAAAGAGUUAGGGAUGUGGACUCCCCUGGGGUGGGAUUCCUCUUUUUGCUGGGAACUAAGAUCUGUGGCUUUCUAGUUUGUUUCUUGAGGACCAUGAGGUGUACCAAGCUGCUGCCAUAAACAUACUCAUUGUCAUAGUGGGAAAUGAGCUUCACAAAGUGGUCAUGAAGGGUGAUAAUAGCAAGUCAGACAUCAAAGGGAAGAGAGUGGCUGUUCUGCCCUGACGUUGUCUUCUGAACAGCCCAAGGUACCCUUCAAGGGCCCCUCUGAUACACCACAUUCUUGAUAACAUUCUAUAUGGCAGGUUUUUCCGGUUCAGAUCAACCACAAAUACAUUGGGAAUAAGAAUAUGGAAGGCUACCUUUAACCUUCCCAUUAAGCUCUGGCAUGACCAUGGCUACAGCCAUAUUAGAGCCACCAUUGGAAGCAGAAAUGAUGUUUGGGGCAGCAUCUAUGCCCAUUAUGCCACAAUCUGCCAGAAGGGCCACCAACAGGUCUUCUAAGUAGCAGUAAUAGCAUGAAUGAUGCUAUUCUACAAUACCAGAGUUUUCAUGGAUGACCAUCCCUUCCCUUAACACUUACUAUAACAUUUCCCAUAACACUUACUAGCUGUGUGACUCUGGGCAAGUCACUUAACCCCAAUUGCCUCACCAAAAAAAAAAAAGGUUUAGAACCAGGUUCCAUGUUACUGCUCACAGUACCAGCUCAUAGGAGCCAGAACUUUUUAUACUACUGUGUGCUAUUCCCUUCUCCUUCCUCCCACCACAGUGAUCAGCUAUUUGAUUCAGAAACAGAUUUAUUCCUUUUAGAAGAAACUUAGAUUAUUACCUCCAUGAAAAGAAUACAGAUCAAGAAUGUUCACAGUUAAAAAAAUAGAAAAAUUAAAAUUAAAAUUAAAAAAAAAAGAAUGUUCACAGUUGAACUGGUCCAA